AGGCGGGGCGCAGGUGCAGCGCGCAUGCGCUCUCCCAGUCCGGCGGUUGGGAUCAGGAAACCGGAGUGCGCAGGAGGGCAGAAGUGCGCAGGUACCGCAGUUCCUCGCCGGCGUCGGGAAGGCGUUGCCCAAUGGAGACUUUGUUUGCCGACUCUGUCCGAGCCCCUUCGCCCUUCCCCACUUCCGCUUCCGGCGCGCCGCUGUAGUUCCAAGAUGGUGUCGUCGGUGUUCGGGUCUCGGGUGUCGGGGCUGCUGGGCCGGGCCCUCCCACGGGUGGGGCGGCCCAUGUCGAGUGGCGCCCAUGGCGAGGAGGGUUCAGCUCGCAUGUGGAAGGCCCUCACCUACUUCGUGGCGCUGCCCGGGGUGGGAGUGAGCAUGCUCAACGUCUUCCUGAAGUCGCAGCACGGAGAGCACGAGAGACCCGAGUUCGUCGCCUACCCUCAUCUCCGCAUCAGGACCAAGCCCUUCCCCUGGGGAGAUGGUAACCAUACCCUCUUCCACAACCCUCAUGUGAACCCACUUCCAACUGGCUAUGAAGAUGAGUAAAGAGAACCUGGACCUUCCCCCAGGCAGCAAGGGACCACAGCACUGGUUUGGACCAUUACUUUGUGGACCAUGAAAGCGCAUGGGGCGCUAAGCUCAUCUUUCCUUGUAUCCUACAGUGACCAUUACACUGAUCUUCCAUCCCUUUGCUUACAAGAGGAGAUGGCCUAAAUAAAUAACUUAAAGUUACCUUGUUCAUGA